UAUUUGUGAAGUGGAAAGUGUGGUGAGAGAGCUUCCCCGUUUACUCAGGCCAUGCCCUUAAACUCUUAUCAGUGGGAAGUUGCACAACAGAACAACAACAGAAUCUACAAGAAGGGGAGAUAGUCUCAGUUGGGACAGGCAUCUGAUGGCUGAUUGGAUGUGAUACAUUUGUAGGACUAGCCGUGGGAGAUUGACAAUGGGAGGCACUCUGGCAAGCCAAAGAACCUUGGAGGAUUUCAGUCAAACACGUACUAAUGAAGACCUUUCACCAAGAGUGGAUGAGAAUGACAUGGCAUUAGUGUUGGAUAACUACCCUCCUCCUGAUAUCUGCGAGCCCAUAUUUCGAAUGGGAGAUUGGCUGAAAAUAGUCUCAGAAGAAGGUUACUGGUGGAAGGUCUACUCAGUCAACACUAAGGAAGUGAACUAUAUACCACACUGUCAUGCCACAAAAGUCUACCAUGGCUGGCUGUUUGAAACCGUGACCAGACCAAAAGCUGAGGAACUCCUUCGACUCCCAGCAAACCGAGUGGGGUCGUUCUUGAUCAGAGAGAGCACAAAAGGUUCGUACUCCUUAUCUGUGCGCCACAGAACUAUUAAGCAUUAUCAAAUUGUUAGAAUGCCAAACAACUGGUAUUACAUCUCUCCACGUCUCACAUUUCAAUGUCUGGAAGAUUUGGUCAACCACUACUCUGAUAUAGCAGACGGACUGUGCUGUGUUCUAACUGGCCCAUGCUUGAUCAGCUGUGAAACACCUCUGAGUGAGCUCACCAAAACACCAGAAGGGAGAAAAUUAUCUUUUGACUGGAGAGCAGUGAACAGCUCGGAGCUCGUCCGCCAGAGCACAAGCCCUUCAGCGGUCAGCUAUGGGGUUCAGAACAGUGUCUCUUCCUACCUGUCUUUGCUGGGACAACAAGAGAAACCAGCGAAGAAGAAGUUUAGUUUGAAGAAGAGAUGGAAGUCUGUCUACAUGAUGCAAAACCACCAGCUCGACAGUUUGGCCACUGUGGAAGACAACUAUGAGGAGGUGCCUUUAUAGACCACAUCAGAUUUAUUCCAGGAGCUCAAAAGCUGAUUUAGGGGUGGGGGAGCAUAAAGUAUCAUUAUAUGUGGAUGAUUUAUUACUAUACAUUUCCAACCCAUCUAAAUCUAUUCCUGCAAUAAUUUCCACUUUAAAGAAAUUUGGACAAAUUUCAGGGUAUAAACUUAAUAUGGGGAAAAGUUAAAUUAACGAUUAGCUGAUCAACAAUCUUUUGAAACACUGCCCUUUAAAACAAAAACAAAAAAAUAUAUUUGUAGAUAAUGAUAAUUUCUCAAAAUUACUUGAUCAAACAAUACAGGAUGUACAGAGAUGGUCUCAUAUCUCAUUAGCAGGAAAAAAAAUAUUUUAUCAAAAUAAAUUUUUUUUUUCUCUCCAAAAAUCAAGAAAAGUUUUUCCCUUAGUCUUGAUUAUGAAAAUUAUUUCAGAAUUUAUUUGGGAUACAAAGAUACCUAGAAUAAGGAAGGCAUUUUUACAGAGACCCAAAUCAAAAGGAGGAAUGGGACUUCCAAACUUUCAGAUUUAUUACUUGACGAGUUAUAUAAGAUUGCAUACUAUAAGGUUGUAUACAAAUGGUUACAAAAACAACCCACAUUAUGAGUAAGCAAAGAAAGUGCAUGCUGUUAUCCUUCCUCACUUUCUGCUCUACUGUGUUCACCUUCACCCACUAUAUACCCUUGUGGAUUAGACAAUCCAGCAGUUUUAUAUACACUCAAGAUCUGGACCCAGUUCUGAAUAAUUUUUGACUGGCAACCUGGUUCCCUUUAAAGCCCCGUCAUAAAAAAAUAAUAAUAAUACAACAUUUGAUUAUUGGGUUGGAAAAGGAAUUUAUAGCUUUAUAUUUAUUGAUAAAGUGUUUCCAUUAUUUGAACUGCCACAAAAGAAAUUUAGCAUACCUCAAAUCACUUAUAUAUAUAUAUAAAGCACUAUUCCAGCACAUCAACUCUAGAACCCUUUAAGUCCUCUUGGGUGGAAGUCUUGGAUGUUUAAAUUACAGAGGAGCAAUGGGAGGCAGCCCUUAAACAGAUUUGUGGCUCAUCAUUUUGUGCAAAACAUGAAGGACUCAUACAGUUUAAAGUAAUGCAUUGUUUACACUGGUCUAAACAAAAGCUCAGUAAGUUAUUCCCAAACGUAGACCCUUCAUGUGAUUGUAGUGGGUGUGCACUAGCAUCACUGGCCCUGUGGCCCUUCAUCCUACUGGAGAAGUAUUUUUGUCAAGAAUAUUACAAAGGCCUAUUGAUCUAGAUCCCCUGAUGGUGGUUUAAGGUAUUGUUGAAUCUGGGAUAGCUAAAAACAGGGCUGAACAAAGUAUAGUUGUAUUUGUUUGUCUACUAGCACAAAGUUUAAUAAUGUUAAACUGGAAACGGAAAGAUGUGCCCACAUUUAUAAAUCUGAUGAGGGAUAUAAUGAAACAUUUGUAUCUAGAGAAAAGACAUGAUAUAUGACAACCUUUUUUUAAAUUACUUUGGUGAUAUUGAUUCUAUAGGAAUUGUUCAACUGAUCAAUUGAGAUAAAUGGUUAAAUGAGCUAAGAAAAUGAUUGAAUCCAUACUUGGUGUUUAUUGGACUAAACCCCCCUACUUUUGUUUUAGAUAAAUGGUCUACUGUUGUUUUCUCUGUGUAUUUUCUUUUUGUGUGUGUUUUCUUUUCUUUUAAUUUUUUUGCUGUUCUGUAAUUAUAUGUUGGAUAGUUAUAUGUGAGAUAUUAGUUAAUAUGUGUUGGUGUAUAUGUGUUGCAUGGUUCUAUAAAAUCUAAUAAAUAAAGUAUUUUGUUUUUAAAAUGC